AUGAGUCAGGCUCUAGGGAGAGGCUUCCGGGGGCUGUCCGGGGUCCCCGUCUUCUCACGAGCGCGACAGGGCGUCGUCGUGCACCGCGGACAAUCCUCGAGAUAUGUCCAAAUUCGCGCCGCGCCUUCAGGACAGCCAGGCACAAUAAACGGGGCUCAUCUCCCCGUUUCUGGAGUCUCUACGACAGCCGAAUCCCCUGAUGCGCGAUUCGAUGUCGUUGGCGCGCCAUACUCGCUGCUCUCAGUUUCGCUUUCCGCUUCGCAGAAUCUUUACACACGGCGUGGAACUUUGGUUGGUUUGAGUGGAAAGGCGGAGAACGUGGUUUCUACUCUCAGCAUCCUUGAGCCCUUCCGAAGAGCGGUUGUUGGGAUUCCUUUUCUAUACCAGAAGGUCUCUUCUACGAGUCCGGUCACUGCGCUCAUUUCCGUCAGAUCGCCCGUCACCUCGUUUGCUGUUGUUCAGCUCAAUGGGACCGUGGACUGGAUGGUCGCUCAGAGACGGGCCCUUCUCGCCUGGACGGGCCAUAAUCUCCUCAUUCGUCCCACUGUGAACACCAACUUGAGCGUCACUCACUGGGGAAGCUCCGAGGUGACUGGAAGAGGUCUUCUGGCGCUGGUGGGUAACGGACAGAUAUACUCUGUUGAAUUGAAGCCCGGUGAGCAGUACAUUGCUCAUCCUAGCAAUGUCAUCGCAUACACCAUGACUUCCCACCCACCACUCCCAUACCGCUUCAAAUCCACGACUCUCAAGCUCCAGAUCCCCGGUCUCAGCCAUGUGCCCAGACUCUUCCGCAGAUCAAAGUUCAUCAACGACAUGGCUCACUCGGAUACGUGGAAGACAACGAUGAAGAUCUACCACAAUCUGCGGACCUGGGCCCGGAGGACGAUUUGGGGCGACAGGCUUUUCCUUCAAUUCGAGGGCCCUACCACCAUCCUUGUCCAGUCACGCGGCCCCCGCGUCAGUGACGUCCUGACAACUCGUGAAGUCAACGAGAUCGCAGACUCGCCAGCUGGUGCGACCCACGAUGCCGUUAAGCUCCUCGAGCAGAAGCAGCAGCCGACGAGCAAGAACGAGCCCAAAAGCGAGGCCGAGAAAGCUGUCGACGGAGGUGCAUCAGAUCCAGAAGUCCCAAAGCGCUCUGCUGAGCAGCUGGUACAGGAGGUGGAAGGAACCAGACAGAGCUUCGCGAGGGUCACUCGUGAUGGGAAGGUCGAGUUCCAGAAGCCGGGUGGAGGCAACUAGACCGGUGUUGACUGUACUGUACUGGUUUAGACGCAUGGGAUGGUGAAGCCCUAUGCAUAGAGUGACCUUGAUGUCUUUUCUGUUCGGCUUUGUUCUGGUCUCUUUGUAUCAUAAUGCAUAGUUACGUGCAUACCACCUAGCUCUAUGAUUUCAAUACACGGGUCUGUUUGAUUACACACAUUGGCUUUGUUCAGGCAUAUUCCGCGGGGUAAAUGUAGACACAGUAAAUCGGUCGCCUGCUUGUCUUGCAACGAGUGACUGUUUUUAGGUAUGCAUGACUUGGAGACGUCAAAU